GUGUCUUUCCGAUCCGCGCCUAUCGAAGCUGCAGCACUCAACCUUCUCAGCUCGCCGCUCAACCUCUUGGCGGAGUAUCACGUUUUUUUUUUUUUUCCACCGAAGAGCUGCACCGAAAGCGUUUCCCUUGAGAGUUCAUGGUCUCUGCAUGACCAGAUGUCUGUUGAGCCAUUUCUUCUUCAUGCCCAGCCAUUAUUGCUUCGCUUCGAGGGAUAAGGUCUUGGCUCCUGUGGUUGUUGCUGCUGGGGGUACUCCAACAAAAUCAACUGAGUAAAGUGACUCUAGGACCUUGUGCCUUGAAGCUCGAUUGCAUGAAAUCAACGCCUGGAUUGCCUUGUGUGUUUGGCUGCCAUGAUGCUCGGGUUACAGGGAAGUACUUCAUCAUCAAAAGUGUUUCGUUGUGUGGCAUGUUCUGCCACCUUCACAGGAUUGGCCUCCUUGCUAGUACAUCAGGCAACCCAUGCGAGUGAACUCCCCAAGGCCCCUGCUCCUCCACAGCCUAGCAGCAGCCCACAUGAAACGCUGGUUUCAAGUAGAGACUCAUCCACUGAGCAACCAAGUCCAUCCACACUUAUUCCUGAGAGCCCUUUACCUUCUUUUUAUAUUUGUGAUUGUGGAGAGGAAUUUCAGGACUUUAGUCUUAUGCUCGAGCAUAAGCAAUCUCAUGUUUCUUGUGUUUCUCAACCACAGCAAAUGCCCCCCGUCGAUAAUAGCAGUACUCUCUCUGGAACUGGGUGUGCUAAAUCUCUGACCAACCAAAAUGAUUUGGUCCUUAGUUGUCCUUCUACCUCAAGGCCCCCAGCUGUUGAACUAUCCCCAUUAACACACAGUAAAGAAGAUGUAAGCUUGGAAGAUGGUAUUGCCAUAGUAACCCUUCCUCAAGGCCAGUGUACACCCCCACAAGAUGAAAGUGACAAACUACUUGAGAACAUGUCAGCCAAAUCAGAGCAAAUGCCAGACACUGUAGAGGACACGCAUUUCCAGGACACAACAAAUUCAGUGCAUACCUUUGAAAAUAGUGAGAGUUUACCCAACAAUAAUGCCCUCAUGAAGAUGCUAGCGUCAGCAUACAGGAAGUGUUCUCCAGCUUCUCAACCCCCGAAUGAGAUUGAUAACACUGUAACCCCAAAGGAAGAAGUGGUCCAAGUUGACGUAACACCAGGAGCAAAAACUGAGGAUUCCCCAGUAAAUGAUCUUUCAAUUGCCCAGUUGAGGCGUCUGCUUUCAACACCUGGUAUAAAGACAAAAGCUCCAUCCAUCAGCAAAGUUCUUGAGUCCAGUAAAAAGCGAGUUGUCUCUCUGACUAAGACUUUCUCGCCUGUUGUGGUACUUGAAACUCGUCAAAAGCUUAAGGACCCUGGCAAUAAUAGCAUGUAUGGGAGAUAUCAAUGUGGCCGCUGUCGUAGGGUCUUUCAAAACUUGGACAGACUGACAGAGCAUCAUUUCUUGCACAAAAAAGAGAGGAUUAAAUGUUGCCGUCGCUGCAAACAACUGAUCAUUGGGCGUGUACCGUUAAAUGACAAUCAUGUAUGCCCCCAAGUGGGAAACAAGACACAGCUGUCAAGCUCUUUCAAAAACAAGUCAGCAAUUUCUCCUAAAAUAAUGCCAUUCCAUAGUCAAAACAAUGCAAGAAAAGUGUUCUUUUGUCCGUUGUGCAAGCACAGCUAUGCACGGAGAUGGAACUUAAAAAUGCACAAGUGCCAGGGCCCGAGGUCAGCGCCCCCUGGACUGGCCAAUUCCCCUGAUCAGAAAAUGCUAAUACUUAGAUCAAACAGUAAGGUCAAAACAGACGAGUUUAUUGCUGGAGCUCAAAUUGCCAAGAGUGUUGCUGUGGGCACUGAAGUCAAUAGUCAUAUCAAGGUAGAGUUUACCUCUCCAGAUUCCGAUCAGUCUGCAGUUUCACAGCUGGCCUGGGCUCAUCCAGCAAAGAGCUUUUCCCCAUUUUAUCCCAAAUCUUCUAUGAUGGAGCUGAGUAAGGAUGCUGCUUUGUGUGGAGUUUUGCAACAGAAAGAAGAAGGAAAGGGUUGCUGGGAUUCAUCAGCAGGUGAUAAAGAAGGCAGUGAUGAAGAGCAGUGGACAAUGCCCCUGGAUGAUGAAAUGGAGGUUCUUAGCCCUGCAGAGAAAGCUGAUAAAGGUGCUGAGGGGAAGAAAUCUCCGUUAGUCCAACACGCAGAGACAGCAACCCCUAGCCUACGCUAUUUUGUCAGAGAUGGUGUAAAACGUUACCCUUGUACCAGGUGCCAGAAAACCUACAGUCGGCCUGCUACUUUGAGGCGCCAUCUACGGCUGUGUGGGUUUAGGCCACGGGGACUAAGUGUUGUAGCACAGGGUGGUCCUCAGGGUGCCAAGCAACCAAAUUCCAACAACAAUAGACCGAUGUUUCCUUGUUUUGUUUGUGGCAGGGUCUUUAACCGCAAAGAUAACAUGAUGGUUCACAGAAAGAAGUGCCAGUUGCAACGAACAAUAUCAAAUGCUGUAGACGGGACUGUUCAACAGAGUGCAACAGGCCAUGCAGCAGACAGUCAAACCCAGGCGGAUGAUGGAGGCAACUGGGGUAUUAUGUCAUUGCCCUCAGUACUUCCAAGGAGAGUGACAUGCGAGUGUGGUGUUGGAUUUACGUCACCUCGGCUUCUCCUAGAGCAUUUGCAGAAGCAUGCACAGGAAUCAUACACAUGUCCAUCUUGUGGAGAGACUGUCAGCUCUUGGGCAGACUAUGAAGUACAUUUGCAGAUUCAUAUGCAUCCUCAUCACCAACUGCUGAAAGGAUUACAGCCACAAAGAUCACAACCUCUUCUGCUUCGAUUUCAGCAACAGAGGCCUCCACAGCAGUCACCUCCCUCAGUGCAUCAGCCUGCACCAAAGCAAACUGUCAAAGCAGUGCAGCAUCCAAAUCCAUCCUUAAAACAGCAACGGCUUGUUUGCACACGAUGUGGCAACACCUUUGCCACUCGUUGUUCCCUUCGAAGGCAUUUAACCUGGAAUCGAUGCAAAGGUGCGCGAGCUACGAACCCGUCCCUAAACCUGCCCAAAACCUAUCACUGUUCACAUUGCAACUCUGACUUCCCAAACACAAUCAGUCUUUUGUUUCACCAGAGGAGCGGGGCUUGCAAGCCGCCCAUAAAGCCGUCCAUAAAGCCUGUGCGUUGCCCUGUUUGCCUUCGCUGGUUUGGCACUGUAGAAAGUUUGCAGAAACACCUGCUUACCCACAAACAGUCUGAAUCAUAUCGUUGUGAUGUUUGCCAGGGUACAUAUCCAAGCCUAAAGUCACUGAAAAACCAUCGCAGAAGGAUUCAUCGCAUCAUGGCUGGAGACACUAAUCGAAAACCACAAGAACAACUAGCUUCUUAAUGUCAUUUCAUCUUUUCAAAAACCUUAACCUGAAGGUUGUGCAUUGAGGAAAAAAAAUGAAAUGUUAUUAUGCUAUGCUCUUCCCAUAGGCUCAUUUCUAAUUUAGUUUUUUUGUUUGUUGAUUAUUUUUUUCCUACUGUCCGGAGAUGAUGACAUUGUACAGCCAUUUUUUAAGACUUUUUAAAAUUCAACUCUACGAGUGUUUUAGUAGCUUCACAGUAUAAAGAAAGCUUUGCUACAAUGUACAUUUUGUUUAAUCAACUUAAUUUUAUCGCACAGCCUACUUAGUGUGUAAAUGAGUGUUUGGUAAUCAAACUUUAUCACAAGAAUGUGAUGUAGCUUGUUGUUUGUGGUGUUAAUAAAGAUACUAGUGUGUAAAAAAAAAAAAAAAGUUUUGUUUUGUCAAAUGGCAAAAAUGUUGUCAUAGAGAAACACUAUUGAGAUUAUUUAGAACAUAUUUUAAUAUCGCUAUCAAAAUUGACCAAGUGUUAAGUCAAUCAUAAAUGAAACCUGAAGUAAAAUAAA